AUGACCCAAAUAAAAAAUCACCCUUUUCAUUUAGUCGAUUUUAGACCUUGACCAAUUUUAGGCUCUUUCAGAGCCAUGAUUACAAUAACAGGUUUAAUUAAAUGAUUUCAUCUAUUUAAAUCUGAUUUAUUAUUUUUAGGAUUAAUUACUACAAUAUUAAUUAUAUAUCAAUGAUGACGAGAUAUUGUCCGAGAAGGAACUUUUCAAGGCCACCAUACUUACAGAGUAACUAUAGGUCUACGAUGAGGAAUAAUUUUAUUUAUUGUAUCCGAAAUUUUCUUCUUUAUUAGAUUUUUCUGAGGAUUCUUUCAUAGAUCUUUAGCCCCAUCAAUUGAAAUUGGAAUAGUAUGACCUCCUAAGGGAAUCCAAACUUUUAAUCCUAUUGAAAUUCCUCUUCUUAAUACUUUAAUUCUUCUUACCUCAGGAUUAACAGUAACUUGAGCUCAUCAUAGAUUAAUAGAAAAUAAUUAUAAUCAAGCAUUCCAAGGUUUACUAAUUACUAUUAUUUUAGGAAUCUAUUUUACUAUUCUUCAAGGAUACGAAUAUAUCGAAGCUUCUUUUACAAUUGCAGAUGCUGUCUAUGGAUCAUCAUUCUUUAUAGCAACAGGGUUUCAUGGGCUACAUGUAAUUAUUGGAACAACUUUCUUACUAGUAUGUUUAAUUCGUCAUUAUUUUUAUCAUUUUUCAUCUAUUCAUCACUUUGGUUUCGAAGCAGCUGCUUGAUAUUGACAUUUUGUUGAUGUAGUAUGAUUAUUCCUUUAUAUUUCAAUUUACUGAUGAGGUAGAU